CCCUACGUGUGUGGGGCUGCGGGGAGCCCACGGGGCUUGAGGAGAUCGCUGGGCUGAGGCGGCGGCUCCGGCUCCAGCUCCGGCUCCAUCAUGUCUGCUGGAGGGGACUUCGGGAACCCCCUGAGGAAAUUCAAGCUGGUGUUCCUAGGGGAGCAGAGCGUUGGAAAGACAUCUUUGAUCACCAGAUUCAUGUAUGACAGUUUUGAUAACACCUACCAGGCAACAAUUGGCAUUGACUUUUUAUCAAAAACAAUGUAUUUGGAAGAUCGAACAAUCAGGUUGCAGCUGUGGGAUACUGCGGGUCAGGAACGUUUCCGUAGCCUCAUUCCCAGUUACAUCCGUGAUUCCGCUGCAGCUGUAGUAGUUUACGAUAUCACAAAUGUAAACUCAUUCCAGCAAACCACAAAAUGGAUUGAUGAUGUCAGAACGGAAAGGGGAAGUGAUGUCAUCAUUAUGCUAGUGGGAAAUAAAACAGAUCUUGCUGACAAGAGGCAAGUGUCUAUUGAGGAGGGAGAGAGGAAAGCCAAAGAGCUCAAUGUUAUGUUUAUCGAAACAAGUGCAAAAGCGGGAUACAAUGUGAAACAGCUUUUUCGACGUGUGGCAGCAGCUUUGCCUGGGAUGGAGAGCACACAGGACAAAAGCAGAGAAGACAUGAUUGACAUAAAACUGGAAAAGCCUCAGGAGCCGCCAGUUAAUGAAGGAGGCUGUUCCUGCUAAUACCAUGUGGUUCCUUGAAUCCUUCCCCAGAACCUCACUGCUUUUGCCCCCUUACUCUUCAUUGACUGCAGUGUGAAUAUUGGCUUGAACCUUCCCCCUUCAGUAAUAACGUAUUGCGAUUCAUCAUUGCUGGCUGUCUCGUGGAGAUGAUCUCUUAGCUUCACAAGCACACACACACACACACACACACACACACACACACACACACACACAAAAUAUGUCAGUGUCUUCAUUAUUUAUAUAAAAAAGCCAAAAUAUUCCAGCAUAUUCCAGUGAUAACUUUAAAAACUAGGUACAUUUUCUUAACAUUUGUUCCUUUUUUUAAAUAUGUUAGGAUAGUGCACUUUGAAAUUAUGGAAAUCUCAAAGGUCUAAGUUUGACUUGGUUAAGGAGCAAUAUGUUCAGAAUAGCACUCACCUCUCUACCUGAUCUUUCCCUCACUCUCCCACUAUUCCCCCAAAACCAACCUGCCCCUGAUACCUUUAUCCCUGCCUCACAAAGCAAAUUAGAAGUAGCCCAUUAGCAGUCAAGGCAGGCAGAUUUGGCAUAUCUAAGUCAGCCUUCAGCAUUAGGGAUAACCUAGGCCCCUGUCCUUGGGCAAAGAUUGAUACCAUGAACCUUCUUUUAGCUCACUCAUGGAAUUUUCUUGAGACAAAGCCAACUGGCAUCAUGGAAAGGACAGUGUUCUGGUGGGGGAUAGGCUUAGAAAAUGAUUCUUUUUAAUAAGUCAGCUUGGACACACUGAAGGGAGCCAGUUGAUAGUGACUGACAGCCUAGUCUCUCUGACCAAGAGAAAUAACUCCCUUCAUGUGUGUUUACCCAAACACUGCAAGCAACAAAUAACCAGGUAUUUCCAUUCAUGUUGCAUUUUUAAAAAUAACUGUACCCACUCCUCGUGGUAAAAUUGGAAAGACAUUGUGGACACUCCCUCAUCAAGGUUUUAAGACUGUGAAGUGGGAGCUAUUACAUUAUUGAAAAACUUUUUAAAAGCAACAGAUCUUUUCCCCCUCUUUCUCUGUCUUUGAUCCAGUACAGACAAGGCACUGUGUAAGUAUAACUCCCCAAAGAAAGAGUGGAAGGAUUUCAGGUUUGACCUUGGUGUAACUGGCAGAAAAGGUUGUAGGCAAAAAGACAGAAACCCUCAGAAGAAUAGCAUGUACUUUGCUGAGGACAUUUGAGGUCAAGUUGGAGAGGGUAGCAGUUUACUUGUAAGCCCUCAAAGCCUUUGUGGACAGGGAGAGAGAAGAAAUGAAAUGCAAGAUUAUGCAGGCUUAUGCCAUUAAUUUCUGGCCUUUUUAUGUUGGGUCUUCCAGGUCGGGUUUGGUUUUUUUCCAUUAUAUCUGUAUAGUUUGAUUAAUUAACCAGGAAUUUAGUUUUAUAUUUUAGCUAAGCUACAACAAUUAUACAAUUAACAGUUUUCCUUUGGUGAUAUUUAUUUCCUUGCCUUUGUUCCUUUUAAAAAAAAAUUACUUCCUAUCUUUUUGGCUGUUGUGUCAAGGAAUCUGUCUUGAGCUUGGUCAGUGUGGCGAUAUGUAGCGCCUCCCCACCCUCAAACCACCAUUUCCCCCUCACCCCUGGAAAAAACACUGCAAACAAUACACUAGGAGUGCACCCUUUUAUCCUUUACUAGUUAUUGUGAGAUUGCUGUGUAAGUCAAUAAACACAUUUGUAAAUACAUUGUUUGCAGAAAGAGAAUUGCGGAGUUAUAGUGCAGGAUGGCCAUUCCAGAAUCUGUUGUAAACAUUACUUAACAUAAUAUAAUAAAGGUGAAAUUUCAAUGAAACAACCUCCCCCUCUGUCCUUUGCCCUUCAAAAACUAACAAACUGGGAAAAUCUGCACUCACUUUCUUUCCUCCCCAGACCCUCUUUGUCACCAGGAAGUAUAUGCCCCAAGUGCUUGGAUUAUGGAACUGAAUGGAAGACUCCAUCAACUGGGGUUUCAGGACUAGCAUUAGUCUUCAUACCAGUAACUUAUGUUAUUAAAAAAAAAAGCAAAUUGGGAUGGAAAGUGCUUUUAUAAUGCAAUAUUGUUGUUAAAGGCAAGUUUUUUUGACAUGGCAUGUCCUGAAAUAAAUAUCAAUUAAAUAUGA